AUGUCUUCAAUUAGAGAGUCUGUUGGAAAAUUACUGCCUGUAUAUAGCACGACUGCACACCUGGGGCGCUGCUCAAGCAUUAUAAAAGCCAGCACAAAUACCCAGUCUUUCAUCCAGUUCUCUCACCUCCUUCUCCUUGAGCAUCAGGUGAGUCUGAAGCCCUUAGACAUGUCCUGCAACAUCCCGUGCAUGCCCUGCCUGCCCUGCCAGCCCUGCGGCCCGACCCCACUGGCCAACAGCUGCAAUGAGCCCUGUGUCAGGCAGUGCCAGGACUCCACCGUCGUCAUUGAGCCCCCUCCCGUGGUGGUGACCCUGCCCGGCCCCAUCCUCAGCUCCUUCCCGCAGAGCACCGCCGUGGGCUCCUCCACCUCCGCUGCCGUUGGCAGCAUCCUCAGCUCUGAGGGAGUGCCCAUCUCCUCCGGGGGCUUUGGCCUCUCCGGCUUGGGCAGCCGCCUCUGCAGCAGGAGGUGCCUCCCCUGCUAA